AUGGCCACGGCGCCGGCUCUAGCAGCUGCAAGACUUGAUGCUCUGCAUGGUCUGCUCGGCGACAUGUGUGAUGACUUGGUGGACCCUAUAUGGAACUAUCUUCCUCCGACUUACCCUAAUGGUUGCACUCACAUCAAAGGUACACGACUCCCUGAUGCUUUCGCCCCCCUCGAGUUUGACUUGAUUGACUCGGUCGAACCCACUGAGAUGCUAGGCAUGAUCGGCCCAAGUACUGUUGUCGUUGCUUCUUUGCAAGGCGGCCCGCAAGUGGGUCCGCAUCCGCUGUUGGGUGGGUUUGGGAUCGACCCUGCUCGCCAGAUACCAAUGAACGAUGCGAGUCAGAAAUCUCCCGAGGUAGUCUGUCACCUUGAAGGUGUAUUGCAGCAUGGUUGUCUGGUCAAUGGGCAGCUCUAUUACACUCUUAUGGAUGACCCUAUUCACCUUCUCAGAAGACCUGUCCUACGAGGGCCAUCCGCCCCAGCGAUCAUGGAGCUUCCGGAACAAUGCCGUCAACUGAAACCAGUUAAGGACUGCCUCUUCCUUGUUGGCAUGGAGACUGAUUGGCUAUACAUGCUCAGUCCCAAGAGCCGUGAAUUCAAGAAGGUCCUCCGGCUCUCUCGCGAUCUUGAUCGCCUGAUCAUCUGGGAUGAUGAAGACGAAUGGGACCCCGGCUUCAUCAUCCCUGACCCUGUGUUCCAAGAUGCUAUUCUGGAGAAGGGCCGUCCGACUCACGUUCUUUAUACUAAGGGUAACUCCAAACGGGGAGCUCUGUCUUUGGAGGAGAGUGAUGAUUGGACGGCCCACAUCGCUAUCCGUGGGAGACGAGAAGCAGUGCGAGGAAACAGAGUUACUUAUUGCGCAGGAUACUCUGUCAUGAAGCUUCGCCACUAUGUGAGGUACACUCGUCAUGAGGAUCAUGGAUUCCACAUGGAAUACAUAGAAGAAGAGGAGCGUGAACUGUACGGUUCUGAUUACGAUAGCGAGGAAAGUGACUUCUGA